AUGGUCACCUUUGAUGAGAUCGUCACCUUUGAUGAGACAGUAGCCUUUGAUGAGAUAGUUACCUUUGAUGAGAUAGUUACCUUUGAUGAGAUAGUUACCUUUGAUGAGAUAGCUAUCUUUGAUGAAAUAGUUACCUUUGAUGAGAUAGUUACCUUUGAUGAGAUAGUUACCUUUGAUGAGAUAGUUACCUUUGAUGAGAUAGUUACCUUUGAUGAGAUAGUUACCUUUGAUGAGAUAGUUACCUUUGAUGAAAUAAUCACCUUUGAUGAGACAGUAGCCUUUGAUGAGAUAGUUACCUUUGAUGAGAUAGUUACCUUUGAUGAGACAGUAGCCUUUGAUGAGAUAGUUACCUUUGAUGAGAUAGUUACCUUUGAUGAAAUAGUUACCUUUGAUGAGAUAGUUACCUUUGAUGAGAUAGUUACCUUUGAUGAAAUAAUCACCUUUGAUGAGACAGUAGCCUUUGAUGAGAUAGUUACCUUUGAUGAAAUAAUCACCUUUGAUGAGACAGUAGCCUUUGAUGAGAUAGUUACCUUUGAUGAGAUAGUUACCUUUGAUGAGAUAGUUACCUUUGAUGAGAUAUUUAGCUUUGAUGAGAUAGUUACCUUUGAUGAAAUAAUCACCUUUGAUGAGACAGUAACCUUUGAUGAGAUAGUUACCUUUGAUGAGAUAGUUACCUUUGAUGAGAUAUUUAGCUUUGAUGAGAUAGUCACCUUUGAAGAGAUAGUCACAUUUGACGAGAUAGCUAUCUUUGAUGAGAUAGUUACCUUUAACGAGAUAGUUACCUUUGAUGGUUUCUCGUCAAAUAUGACUUUCUCAUUCAAGGUAACUAUCUAA